UGUAUUGACACGGUGUUUUGAGGUUUACUCGAAAGUCACUCCAAAUUACGCUCUCUUCCUUUUUUUCUCAGGUUUUUCUAAAGCAAGACAUCUGCUCGCAUGAAGGCAUCCGCACAUGAUUUAAGAAGCUCCACGUUCAUAACAGUCCGCGUGCCCAGGCACAAUUACGCAUCACGUCACGGUGUGUUUAGUAAAUAUUUAGACGGAAGAGGAAGAGAAGCCGAAAAUCUGUGAUGGUGAACAUAAGGACGCAGGUGAAGAAGCGCAGAACGAAACGGGACGGAGAUUGGUCCAUCAGAGCUCUAGCUAAGGGAGCGCUUAGGGAGGCUGUAGGUGGUUUGGGCGUCCGAAGGCAACCCGAUUUUCUCUCGCUCAACAGUCAGACGAAGACGCAGAGAGUCGGUGGACGGAGCGGAAGCAUCAGCAUCCCCGAGACCAUGGUGAUGAGCAGGAACGUGUUUCAGGCGCAGGGAUCGUCGUCGCCGAAGGUCCUGAAAUUGGGCGAGGGUAAAGAGGUGGUGUCGACGGAGCAGAAAGAGAAUAAGGUCGAAAAGGUUGAGAAGAUCGAGAAGCCCGACAGGAGGAGGAGAAGCAUGAGGGCCACUUCGACGGUGGGAAACGUUCCCAGGGAUUUGUACGAGGCGAGCAAAUCGAGGAAGAGCAUCAAGCAAGUGCCUUGGAAGAAAACCUAA